UCGCACUUGUUGAGUAGUGGGGCACCAUGGAUCCUAUCAAGACUUCUUCUGUCCUGGUCACCGGGGCCAAUCGUGGUCUUGGCCUGGAACUGGUCAAGCAGUUUCUUACCUCUGCCAAUCCACCCGAUCAGAUCUUUGCUACUUGUCGAGAUCCAGCUGGACCAGGAGGUCAGGUUUUGAUGGACCUUGUGAAGAAACAUCCAAAUCUGUUCCUCCACAAGAUGGACACUGCUGAUCCAGACAGCAUCAAGGAAGCAGCUACUCAGGUGGCAUCCCAGCUUAACGGGAAAGGCUUGAACUUACUGAUCAACAACGCGGGCAUCAACUCUUACUGCACUCUGGAGAAUUGUAACAGUGAGGAGAUGAUGUUUCUUUACAGCACCAAUGUUGUGGGGCCCAUGCUAGUGUGUAAAGCAUUCCUACCCUUUCUGAAGAUUGCAGCGCAAAGCAGCGACAAGGAAGGGAUGUUCUGUGGGAAAGCAGCAGUUAUUAACAUGUCCUCCUUGUUUGGAUCCAUACAGAAAUGUUCAGAGACCUUCAGCAUGGCACAGAUGUACCCUUACCGUGUCAGCAAGGCAGCGCUGAACAUGCUGACACGCUGUCUCUCUUUAGACUUGCAAAAGGAGAACAUACUUUGUGUAGCAAUCCAUCCUGGAUGGGUGAAAACAGACAUGGGGGGCACACAGGCUCCAUUAGAAGUGAGUGAUAGCAUCCAAGGCAUGCUUCGUGUGUUAUCCUCUCUCACCGAGAAGAACACAGGACAGUUCUUAGACUGGCAAGGACAACAGCUCCCCUGGUGACAGGUGGCACCCAGCUGAGGAGAACAAUGCCUUUGGGUAGGCUCAGAAAACCACUGUUAAAACAUUUUUGACAAUAAAAAAUGUUGAAG